ACAGGGUGGGAAGGGAGAUGAUGAUAUAAUGUUCUUCAAUAUCUGACCAAUAAGUGUUGACACUUUCUUAUCCUCGCCUACUUGCUGUUCUGAAGUUCGUCCUCAGUGCAGGUCAACAGAACAAGAACAGCUUUGGUACAAUGGCUGCCUUUCUUCAUCACUGCCCCUUCCUAAAGUCCGUUCCUAAGCCAGCUUUAAGGAGAACAGGAGCUGCUUUGCUGUCUCUGGCUGACCAAUGUCCCAUCAUUGCUCGUCAGAUUACUGUGAGCAGUGUGCCCUCUCUGGAGGCCAAUCUGAGCAACUCACCCACCAAACCCAAAAGUCCCCAAUUUCUCAUGAUGAACCAAAGGAGGCUUUUUGCUCAAAGUGCCACUCAGGUGGCUGUGUCUGUGUCAAAGGGCUGCCCUUUUGUCUCUUCUCAGAUUGGGAUGGUUCAAGCCAGCCCUGAAGUACAGGAGGAUGUUCAAGAUGGUUUGAUGACUUCCCUGUUGAAAGGUUUAAGAGAGUCUGUGUUUCCAAAUCCAGCUCAAGAUAACUCUGUCACCCACCUCCUCCAAGACAACAUGGUUGGCCCCAGCUAUGACUAUGAUCGCUUCUUCACUGAGAAGAUUGCUGAAAAAAAGAAGGACCACACAUACAGAGUUUUCAAGACAGUCAACAGGAGUGCCACAGCUUUUCCUUUUGCAGAGGAUUACUCUGUCACUGGGCGAGAGGGCUCCCAGGUGUCUGUGUGGUGCAGUAAUGACUAUCUGGGAAUGAGUCAACACCCGAGGGUCCUCGGCGCCAUCAAAGAUGCCUUGGAAAGGCAUGGUGCAGGAGCAGGUGGGACCAGGAACAUCUCUGGGACCAGUAACUUCCACGUGUCUCUGGAGAAGGAGCUUGCACAGCUACAUGAGAAAGAUGCUGCUUUGGUGUUUUCCUCCUGCUUUGUGGCAAAUGAUUCCACUCUCUUCACUCUGGCUAAGAUGCUUCCAGGGUGCGAGAUCUACUCGGAUGCAGGAAACCAUGCAUCAAUGAUUCAGGGCAUCAGGAACAGUGGAGCAAAACGCUUCAUUUUCCGCCACAAUGACAGUCGACACUUGGAGGAAAUGCUCCAGCGCUCCGACCCCAAGACACCCAAAAUCGUGGCAUUUGAGACUGUGCACUCAAUGGAUGGUGCCAUAUGUCCCCUCGAAGAGCUAUGCAAUGUAGCUCAUCAUUAUGGAGCCCUGACAUUUGUGGAUGAAGUUCAUGCUGUGGGACUCUAUGGAGCCCAUGGAGCUGGAGUGGGCGAGAGAGACAACAUCAUGCACAAAAUUGACAUUGUUUCUGGGACUUUAGGCAAAGCCUUUGGUUGUGUGGGAGGCUACAUUGCCAGCAGCGCCGCCCUGGUGGACACGGUGCGCUCCUACGCAGCUGGCUUCAUUUUCACUACUGCUCUGCCCCCGAUGGUCCUGGCCGGAGCCUUGGAGUCUGUUCGGGUCUUGAAGAGUAAUGAGGGGCAGGUUCUUCGUAGAGCCCACCAGAGGAAUGUGAAACACAUGAGGCAGCUACUCAUGGACAAAGGCCUGCCUGUGGUCAACUGCCCCAGCCACAUCAUCCCCAUACGGGUUGGCAAUGCAGAGCUGAACACAAAAGUGUGUGAUACUCUGCUGGAGAGACAUAACAUCUAUGUCCAGGCCAUCAACUACCCCACAGUGCCUCGUGGUGAGGAGCUGCUCCGUCUGGCUCCCUCUCCUCAUCACAACCCUGAAAUGAUGGAGUACUUUGUGGGGAAACUGGUGGAGGUGUGGCAGGAAGCAGGUCUCCCACUCAUCAGCCUGACCACAGCUUCCUGCACCUUCUGUGACCGCCCACUGCACUUUGAUCUCAUGAGUGAGUGGGAAAAAUCCUACUUCGGCAAUAUGGAACCGCAAUACAUUACUGUGUCUGCAUAAAUGCAUGUUGCAUCUCAACACAAUAAGUUUAAAGCUAUUUAAAUAAAGCUAACUGAUAAGAGUCCUGCUUCAGGUGCAGACAGAGUUACAAACAUCCGAACAUUUUAAUUAAAUUUGUUUUCAUGGACCAAAUAUCAGUAUUUAUUUAUGUCAAUCUGUAUUUCUGCACUCUAAGUUGUGUUUGCUUUCAUGAAUAUGAUUAAAGAAAUGCAUCCUGCAUUUUAAAAGCAUUAAGCCUGCACAUUUGACACUUUCUUAAAUAUCUUAUCAAGUAGUGAUGGCUUGAAUUUAAGUGUUUAGUGUUGCAUGAUUUUCCUCUUAAAGUAUGAAUGUAUCGUAAUAGAUUCAGGGGUUUUUUUUUUUUGUUUGUUUGUUUUUUUGUUUUUUUUUGUUUGUUUUUGCGUGUUUGUUUUAUUUAUUUUUUUCCAUGAUCAUUUAUUUACUAAUAUUUUAGUGAUAAAUGCAUACUCUUACAAAGUUAACUAGUUGUGUUGUUAAGUAUCUUGGCUAUUCAUAUUCUCCCUGUAUUAAAAGGAUGUCAUUAUAAAGAGAACGAAAGCAAAAAAAAAAAAAAAAAAAAAAAAAACGUUGUUAGUCCUAUGAACUUAAAUUGAACUUGAAAGGUCUAUUAUAAAUUAGAGCUAUGUUUCCACAUGGACCAUGAAACAGCUUAGAAACUUUUGUCAAAUUUUGCAUCAGUUUGAUUAUUCCUCCACAAAAGGCCCAAACGGAGAAGCACUUUAGUAGCUCAGGUUGAGUGUUUAGCUUAAUUUCCUUACAAUUAAUGCUAAUUGACGUUGCAAGGGCUGGCCACUUCUCGUUUGACCCUUGCUCUCAGUCUCCGCAGCUCUGUGUUCUCACUGUCCAUAAGGAGACCACAUUCAAUCAGUGUCCAGGCUUUGUCAAGCUUCUGCUCUCCAUAGUGCUGCAGAGCCCCUCGCAGAAAGCACUCCCCCAGAUGCAGCCUCCCCAGACCACCCUCCACACACUGGAUGGCCUGAUCCCUGUGGAGCUCCAGAGCCUGAAUGAAGUCAUUCAGUGCUUCUCCCUCUCUGGAACAGAGCACCAGGCUGCAACCUCGCCGACACAGAUCUUCUGCCCAGAUUUUAGGGUUGUCUGAGCAGCUGGGGUCAGGGCUACCAUGUUUCUGGAUAACUUUGUCCAGGUCUGCUAUAGACCGCUCAUGUAAGCUCAGCUGUGCAAAGCAGGCAGCUCGCUGGCGAAGAUACUGUAAUCUGUGAUUGCCCGCUGCUUGUACUGCCACUGUCAGAAGUGCAAGGGCCUGAUCCCACUGGCCACAUGAUGACACACUGCUGGCCUCCUGUGCUGCUGCCUGUUAAAAGUGAAAAUGCAGAACAAUUAAUCUUCAGUUUCAUUUUAAUUUCUUUUUCUUCUUUUGUGGGGAAAGUAUUGUGCAUUUCAACUAUAUGGAAUAUUUAUUGUAUUAUAUUUAUGAAGAACCUUCUAAAUGGAUGGAGGUGUUGUUCCUAAGGUUUUUAAAUGCCAACAGUAAGAAAAAUUGGUUUAAACACAAAGCUAUGUAAGUCCUUUGCAGUCCUUGACUACAAUUCUCUGCAGGAGGACACAUGGACAGUUUUAGUAAAACUAAUUAGCUGAUGAUUGUAGGGAAGAAAUAUGGCAAAAGCUAGCAGAAACAGCUUUGGCAAUGGUGCCUAUUCGGCACUGUAUCUAUGAUUCCCGCUUAUCAACUUACCUGUGCCACGCAUUUUCGCUGAUUAAACGGGAUCAAGGCCAGCAAGAAGUCGAGACAGGAUAAAUCUUUCUCAAUCAGUUUGCUGAGCCUGCGAGCUGUGCUGCGGUAGUUCUGCUGCCAGGCCUCCACCACACCCACCCUAGCCUGGGCUACAGCAUCCCUUGGCUCCUGACCAAAUACCUGGCACACAUGAGCACCAGCUGCUUUAACAUCACCUGGAAAAAAUGGAACAGAAUAGAAAAAUUAUAAUUACUGUUACUAAGAUGCAGCAGGUGCAAUAGUUCUUUUCAUGAAACACCACAAAGCCAAAACCAUGACCUACUAACCAGAUAUUUUUUUACAGAACGCAAAUAAGUUCACCAUCUCACCUUUUGCUAAGAGUAUGUCCACAUAGAGGAGAUGCCAUCUUGGAUCUCUGCUAUCAGUCCUCAUCAAAGCCCCACAAAUGAUAAAAGCCUCUCUAAGUUGCUCUUCAUGGCAGGGAACAGAAUUAGCUAUCACAGUGUCUGACAGAUUGGUGUGACAGAACUGAUGCAGCCAAUCACAUACCAGUUUCUGUGCUCUGUCUUUAAGUGACUGGAUGUCUUUGAUGACUGUCUCAGCAUUUAUCUGAAGGGCUGCCAGGAUGUCAUGAAUGCAUUCCUGAGUAGAGAAGAAGCUUAAAAUUCAUAUGUGUUGUGCCAACAUAAUUAUGCAAUUGUCUAACAGCUUGCUAUUUCUUUUGCCACUUUUUAACUUGCUUGUGUAAAUUAAAGUCAAGUUAAGCAGAACAUUUGUAGUUUAAAGAUAUUCACUACAACUUAUUUCACUGAAAAUUUAACUGGUAAUGCCCAAAGGUUACAGGGAAAUGUUAGCCGUACAUAAAUCACUUCAAUAUUCUGUAUUAAUGGCUACAUGCAAAUUAGAUAUGCUUAAUUUAAAUGUGGCAUUGACUGUGUUUUAACUAAAAAAAAAAAACCUUUUGUUGAUUCAGCAUGAGAUAUGUGAAGCCUCGUCCACAGAGGCCUUGCACAUGUUUCGGAUGCCCCUUUAAAAUGGCACUGAAGUCAAAUAUGGCUGUCUUUCGUUGACCCAGCAGGGCAUAACACUUUGCUCUUUCCAGCAAGGAGUCUGUUGCCUCACCACCUUGGAAAUGACAAGUAAUUAAUUAGUUUUACAGCAUCUGCAAUCUUAUCCAAAUUUAUUACCAUAUAUGUAUACCUUUGCUAAAAUAAAGCUGAACCUCAAACAAAA